AUGGCGCCGCCACCACAGAAAGUCGGGCAGAAGCGCAAGGUCGGCUUUGACCAGGCUGGCCAGUCCGCGGCGGCACGCAAGCGACAGAAAAACCACGAUGCUCGAGCCAUCCCCGUGCAGCGCCCGGAGGCAGUGGUCUCUGCGGGCGGCGGGGAACUCAACGUGGCUUCCUUCGUCAAGGCGCGCGAGUUUGAGAUCGAGGCCCUGGAGAGGAGCAUGCGCAGGGCAAAGAAGCAAUUGUCCACACGGGCGUUUCAACAAGUGCCCCGGCACAUGCGACGGAGGACGGCCAGUCACAAUGCCAAAAAGGUGCCGCGGAGGCUGCGCAAGAGGGCAGAACGUGAGAUGAGAGACGAUAACACGCCGACGGUCACGAAGCGAACGCGAACCCCGUCACGGAGAUUGAGACUGCGGUUGGAAACGGCCAAAGCCCUCAAGAGGCUCGGUCAGAUACGCAAGACGGUGCGCCAGAGGAAGAAGGAAUCCAAAGCCAACGCCCAGCAGCUCGACCCGGCGGACCAUGUCCUGACCACGCGCGUGCCGCGGUUGAAGAAGAACAAACUGGCCGAGCCUCCGAGAGCGACGACGAAGUACAAGAGGAGGCAAGUCCACAAGACAUGGCUGCCAACGCACCUGUGGCAUACGAAACGUGCCCAUAUGACCCGGCCCACGGAACCGCUAUGGAGAAUAUCCAUUCCGUUGAGUCCUACGGAAAAGAGUUACAGACCAAGUCAUCGAGCUGCGGGCAAUCUGGGAUGCAUUGCCUGGGACACCAGCUAUAUGUCUACGGUGGCGUGCUUGGGGACAGAGGCGGCGCUCGAUAGCAUGCUGAAGGCACUCUCUUUCAGCCCACAAGGGCUUUCGCCAGCUAUGUGGAAGAAGUGGAAGGCCGGUACCCGGUUCGCUGGUGGAUGGGUCUCGGAACGUGACAACGAAAAGCGUCCAAUUGCGCCGGUGACCGUGAUCUGGUUCCAACGCCCUCGGGGAGAGACAGCAAGCUCUGGGGAUGGCCAGGGGGGAGAUCAGGCGGAAGUUGUCGCCAGCGAAGAUCAGAUGGACGUCCAGACGGCCGAAGGAGCUCAGUCUGCACUUCCGGAGGCCAAGACGCUGACGUCGAAAGGAAAGACCAAGCUGAGCCAUCAAAUUCUCAUCCGAAUCCAUCCGUCUGCAUUCCAUCAGUGCUGGCAGGAGUUGUUGAAGGUUGCCAAAAUGCAGAAACCGCAGGUUUUGAUUGAAGAUCUGCGGUUUGAGAUCGGGAGCGUCGAAGUCCAGGGACCAGGCUCGACUGAAGCUUUGCUGGGUGUGAUUCGGCCAUUUCCCACGCAUGUUGAAGCUGCGGAGUCGAUGUCGUCGUCUUGGACCUCUCUCGCCGGACUCAACAAUCCCAGCAUCCUUCCCCAGAAUGCUAUGCUCGCGUUCGACACAAUCGAUCCCAGGCUCAAUCAUCCGCCCAAACGGAUCAGGAUCCCCGCCAUCUCCGAGGCUACUCCUCUAGACGAGAUCCUCGUUGCCUGGCCGCCAGACAAAACGGCCAAGUUCUCCGAGCUGCUCUCACACAAAGCACGCUGGCGGAUCAGCAACACGCUCCCGUCCCAAAAGGCAAUCAACCGACGAAGAGCGCUCGCACCGCCAGGCCAUGUACCACCAGUAACGGGCAAAGACCCUAAAAUCCCAGUGAUCCUUCUCGCGUCGAGAGCAGAGAAUGGCACUUCCAAAAACGCCCAGGGGACUUGGACUGUUCUCCUCCCGUGGACGUGCGUCGAUCCCGUGUGGCGCUCGUUGAUGUACUACCCUUUGUCAGCCGGUGGCACCCCGCGUUUCGGGGGCCUACGCCAGAAACAGCAGCUGUCAUUCGAGCAAAAAGCACCGUGGUUCCCAGGAGAUUUCCCCGGCACCGAGGCGGGCAAAGCCUGGGAGCGGACUGAAAGUGAGAAGCGGUUUGAUUCGUGGAUUCGACGGCCACCGAAACACAGAAUCGCCUGGGAUGCUUUGGACCUGGGUCUAGGAAGGCGUGGGGAGAUCGGGAGAGGUUGGUCUUGUGAUUGGGAGUAUCUGUUUGAACAGACCAAAGGUUCAACAGGAGCUGAAGCCAGGGCGAGCUCGGAGCUGGCCAAAACCGCCUCGAAACAGACCAGCGUAGCCCCUCUGCUUACACAGCGACAGCGCAGAGCAGCCAAAGCCCAAGCAGCCCGGGACAGUGACCUCAAGGACCCAGCCCGCCGACGCAACACAUCCAGUCCGGAGAGUGAAUCAGAGCCGGAUGUCAUACCAGAACUUGUGGAAGUCAAAUAUGCCCAACUGUUACCGGGGCAGAGCGUCUCGUUGUUCAAGCAGGCGUCAAGCAUCAGUCUCCCACCACUUCCCGUCCUAGUCACAGUCCGCAUCACCCUGCUUGACAAAGGCACACCGUCUCCAACAGCCCGGAUCUACCGCCUCCCAUCAUUACAUAAACAAGGACCACCGCCCGGUCCUGGUCCUAGUGGGUCAGGGACAGUCGGAACGGACACAUCUCAGGAGACUCAGCCACAGAGCUGGGAUUCUGAUGGACCGCCUCCAGCGCAACGUCUACCUACCCCUAGCUUAACGGAAACCUCCUCGUCAUCAUCGUCGAUCAACGCUCGCGACCUUCGCUCCCUUUGGCUCGCUCUCGACCAUGACCGGCUCAACGCCCAGGCCCAGUUGAGCAAUGCGCGCCUCCCGAAGAUCAAGACCAACAGAUUCUCCAUCCCCCGCAGCCAAACCAGCUACCCACGCGAGUCGCUCGCGAAGAUCAACGUGCUGCCCAAGAACGCGCCCGAAGAGAUUGUGAAGAAUUUCGGACCGGACAGCGCCUUUGGGAAAGGGGACGGCGAGAUGCCGCCGCCUCCGCCCAAGGAACAACCGACGACCUCCUCAAAGGAUAAGAACAAACCCAGAGGAAAGAGCAAGGAGAAGAGGACGAAGAAGUGUGAAACACAGCCGAAGCCCCUCCUUGACGGCGACAGCCAGAACCACCAUCCUACUGGUGCCGGCGCAGUACAUAAAGACCCUGACCUCGACGCCCUCAUGAUCGACCCCUUCGCCCAACCCUCAGAAUGGGACAGACACGUCCCCUGUCCCGACCCGGCUGACCUCAUCGGCUUCGUCACCAGUGGCGGGUACAAUCUCGCCGAAGGACGCGGCACCGCCAUCGGGAGCAUUUGGGCCCAGCGGGUCAUUGACGGGUGGGAACAGGAAGACUUGACGACGCACUGUGAUGGUGAGGUUGAGGGCGAGGGUGACGGCACGGGCAAAAAACAGAAGGUCAGGGACGGGGACGGGAACAUUGGUCGGACGAGGAUGACGAGGAGGGAGAGGAACAAGAGGUUAUGUAUCGUCCGCAACGCCGGCGAGAGUGUCGGGCGGCUGGGGCUUUGGGAGGGUUGCGCAUGA